GGGUUACUUCCCCAUCCAAAAUGGGCUGCAGAAAUCAGUAGUCAGCAACAAGUGCAUCUUCUCAUUCACUUAGCAUCACCAACAGAACUGUCCACAGAGUGUGUUGUCCAGUGGUUUGAGUGGGACGAUAGCCUGUCUUUACAGGAGUUUCACAUUCAUUCCCAGCUCACCCCAUCAAAGUUCUGAUCCUCAUCCUUCCAGUUCAAGAGCAGCCAUGGAUCAUUUCUCCUCCCUCACAUCCCCAUCCUCCUGCCCUCACUUGUAUCAUUUAACCGCUUUCCCCAGCAACACCUCCCUAGCGAACGUCUCCGAGAUCAGCCACGUGAUCCUACGGCAUUACAACCAUACGGGUCGUCUGAAGAACAGGACCGUCUCAAACUCCCAGAACCACAUCAGCGCCUCCAUGGUCUUCUUCCUCUUUGUCAGCAUUCUCAUCAUCCUGGAGAAUUCCCUGGUGUUGGUGGCUGUUGUUUCCCGCAUUCGCCGCAGUCAGCGUUGGGUGUACGUGGGCAUCGCCAACAUCACCCUCAGUGACCUCCUGACCGGUGCAGCGUACCUGCUCAACAUCUGUAUGUCCGGUAGUCAAACUUUCAAGUUAACGCCUGUGCUUUGGCUUUUCCGUGAGGGCAUGCUGUUUGUUGCCCUGGCUGCAUCCAUUUUUAGUUUGUUGUUAAUUGCCGUGGAGCGUUACAUGACUAUAAUGAAGCCACUGCCUCAGAAGUCAGCCAGGAGCACCUACUAUAGGAUCUACGGCCUGGUGGCCCUCUGCUGGGUUUUGGCGCUGGUGAUCGGCUUCCUUCCCUUGUUGGGCUGGAACUGUGUGUGCAGCCUGGAUGAAUGCUCCACCCUCCUCCCUCUCUACUCCAAGACCUACAUCUUGUUCUCCCUCAUCAUCUUCAUCCUCAUUCUCCUGGCUAUAGGUGUGCUAUACAGUGCCAUCUACAGUCACGUGCGCAAGAGCGCACAACUGGGUUUCCAGCGGUGUCGCAAACGCUCCCUGGCUUUGCUGAAAACAGUGAUUACCAUCGUGGGGGUCUUCCUGCUUUGCUGGGGGCCACUGUUCCUCCUGCUGCUUGUGGACUUCUUCUGCAAGUCCCGCCAGUGCACACUGCUCUUCAGCGCUGAUAUCUUCAUCUCCCUGGCCGUUCUCAACUCAGGCCUCAACCCUAUCAUCUACGCCCUAGGCAGCAGCGAGAUGAGGAGAGCCAUGGCUCAGCUCCUGUGUCGCUGCUGCCUGUGUCGCCCUGAGGCAUUGGCCUCCAAGGAGACCAGCAACACAUCAGAGAACAGGCAGGACAGCCUGGGGAACUGUUAGAUAUAUUUUAGUAGUUAUCAUUUAUUUGCUUAGCUUGCAUUAGUAUUAUGGACAAUAUUUAGAUAGAAAGAUGUCUCGCCUUCAAGAAGAUGACUCAGCAACAUUUGAUGGAAGGGCGCCUUGACCAAGGACGUGAUCGGAUGUGGUCGGGGACGGGACAGGUGUCGUCUGGUCCUAUGUUUUGUGUUGUGUCUUAAUGCUUAGAACAUUAUGUCUUGUAGAACCCUCCUAUUUUCAAAUAAAUGUAGGAGCGACGGGAGAGAUUGUUUAGAGCGUGUUGAGAGGCUGUAACCUGAACAAUCUCCCAUGCGCCCUCCUCAUGAGUAAAAUGACCAACGUCUUCA